AUGGCGCCCAGAAUGCCCAGCGAACGCGCCGCCAUGCGCUGGACCAUCCGAAUCAUCCCCUUCUUCAUAGUCUGCGCCCUUUGCCUCGCAACCUACGCCGUCGUCGGCCGCCUAUGCGUGCAGUACCUGCACCAGCGCCGAGGCAAAUCCGGCCUCGCAGCAGGGGUUCUGGUCCUCUACUUUGUCUUCUUCGCCCUCACCCUGUGGUCGUACGCCCGCGUCUUUUUCGCCAUCCAAGCCGAUCCGGGGUUCGUGCCCCUGCUGCGCCGCGGCGACGCCGAUGAGCCGCCCGAGAAGCGGCGCUCUCACCGCUCGAGACGGCGCCGAGACCCUGAAGACCCUCCCUGGGUUCCUCCCGACGCCGAUCCGAACAGCCCCGGUCUGGAGGCUUUUUACUCCAAAGACGCCUUUGCCUGCGAGGUAGACGGCCGGCCAAAGUGGUGCUCCGUGUGCCAGCAGUGGAAGCCUGAUCGUGCGCACCAUUCCAGCGAGCUGGGCCGCUGUGUCAGGAAGAUGGAUCACCUGUGUCCCUGGGUGGGGGGGAUGGUCUCGGAGACUUCAUUCAACUUCUUUACCCAUUUUGUCUUUUAUACCACGUGUCUGUGCGUGGUUUGCCUGUCGGUAUCGGCGUGGUGCUUGACGCAGCAGCUCGGCUCGAAUCAAGAAGUCGCAGUCGACGGCUGGAUCAUAGCUGUGGUCGUCAUGUCCGCCUUUUUCGGGCUGUUCGCAUUCGGCAUGACCCUGACGGCCGGACGAUUCAUCCUGACCAACACCACCAACAUUGACAUGCUGAAGAAAAGGCAGACAUUCACCUUGGCGGUGCGGAUCCCGCGCGACGCCCCGCCGUCAUCCAAGUACCGCACGAUAACGUAUCCUCUUCCGUCGCUGCAGCCGACUCCGCCGAACGCGUCCGGACAGGAGGCAUCCAACGGCUCGCUGGCCGCUCGGGAUCAGCAAGCAAGUCGGAGGUUUGCCAUCCUGAGGACGGAACCCUCGGAGAACCCCUGGGAUCUCGGCCUCUGGGAGAACUGCAAGGCCGUCAUGGGCCCCAACGCGCUGGAGUGGCUGCUUCCCAUCAGGCACUCGCCUUGCUGCGACCACGACAGCAUGGCGAGCGACUACCCGUUCGGGCCUCUGGUGGCAGAGCUGCGGAGGCGCUACAGUGUGCCGGAUGUGGCGGACCCGACUGGCCGUGGUGUACCCUAA